AUGGAUCCGGGCGGAACGAUGCUGGUGGAGGACUUCGGGCGGCGGGUGGACCUGACGCGACGCAUCCGCGAGGUGCUGGCCAACUACCCAGAGGGCACCACCGCAUUGCGGGAGCUCAUGCAGAACGCCGACAACGCCGGGGCCUCGCGGGUUCGCCUCUGCCUCGACCGCCGCGCCCACGGGGCCUGCUCGCUGCUCGCCCCGGCCCUCGCGCAGUGGCAGGGGCCCGCCCUGCUCGCCCACAACGACGCUGCCUUCACCGACGACGACUUCGCCAGCAUCUCCCGCAUCGUCGACAGCAAGAAGGCCUCCCAGGUCUGGAAGACCGGCCGCUUCGGGUAUGCGCCCUCCCUGUCCCCCCUCUCUCUCCCUCAGUAG